UAUUUAACAAUGUGGGGUCGCGAACGGCUAGGAAAAUUGUAAAAACAUUAUUUUAAAAUAAAACCUACUCAAAAUGUUUACAAUCCGCGCAGCACUGCCAUGUGGCAGACAACUUGCAGCUGUCUUGGCAACUACAGCACGUCAUGCCCGCCUGCAGUCCAGCUGUGGAUUUGCUGCCUGGUCGAGAGCAGCUUUCCAACCACAAUUACAGCUAAAACAACAAAAACAGCACAGGUUGUAUGCAACACAGGCAGCUGGUAAGGAUUCAGAGGCCGACAACUUGCAACGCGUCUAUUAUGGAAGUCUGGCACCGCGAAUGAAGCUGGUCAAGUUAUUUUCACUGACCACGAGUUUGGCCGGCAUUGCGGCACAGCCAAUACUGAUGGAACAGGGCAUGAAGAUCGGAGGCACUGGCAUGGCCGUCCUCCUGUGCACCGUUGGCGGCUUCUUCACCUUCGUUACACCGCUGCUGCUGCACUUUGUCACCAAGAAAUAUGUCACUGAGCUGCAUUACAAUCCAGUUACGGAAGAAUACACCGCCACCACGAUAUCCCUCAUUUUGCUAAAGAUCAAAACAAAGUUCCGACCCAGUGAUGUUACCGUACCUGAAGUUCCCGGUAUGUUUACCUCCUUUAUGGUGAAGAAGCGUCCUCUCUUUGUUGAUCCUGCUUUGUUUGAUGACCCCGAACACUAUGUGCGCAUUAUGGGCUACGAUAAACCCAUAGAUUUUAAAUUAAAUUUAAAUGAUGAAAGCGAUCAAACAAAAAAGAAGCAGCAAUAAACUAAAUGUUUAACUGCUAUUAAACUAAUAUA